CCUCCCUCCGCCGCCGCUCCCUCCCCGGGCUCCGCGGUUGGAUCAGUCCUCUGGCAUUUCCUGCAGCCGGGCCGCGCCGCCAGCUGAGACCCGCGCGCCCGGCCCCGCCGGCUCCGAGUCGCGGCACGAAGCCUCCCAGCGCCCAGGCCAUGAAGGAGGAGGCCUUCCUCAGGCGCCGCUUCUCCCUGUGUCCACCUUCCUCCACCCCCCAGAAAACCGACCCCCGGAAGCUCACCCGGAAUCUGGUCUUCAGUGGAGAGAACGAGCUCUACCCCCUCGGCCCAGGGAAGGAGUUGGAGCCCAAUGGCCAGCCGCUGCCGAGGGACGAAGGGCCCCCGACCCCGGGCUCUGCCACCAAGGGGCCACCGGUAGAAUACAGGCUAUACAAUGGGUCCGACAAGGAAUGUGUGUCCCCAACAGCCAAGGUCACCAAGAAGGAAGCUCUCAAGGCGCAGAAGGAGAACUACCGGCAGGAGAAGAAACGCGCCACGAAGCAGCUGUUCAGCGCCCUGACGGACCCCAGCGUGGUCAUCAUGGCCGACAGCCUGAAGAUCCGCGGGACGCUGAAGAGCUGGACCAAACUGUGGUGCGUGCUGAAGCCUGGCGUGCUGCUCAUCUACAAGACGCCCAAGGUGGGCCAGUGGGUGGGCACCGUCCUGUUGCACUGCUGCGAGCUCAUCGAGCGGCCCUCCAAGAAAGACGGCUUCUGCUUCAAGCUCUUCCACCCGCUGGACCAGUCCGUCUGGGCCGUGAAGGGCCCCAAAGGCGAGAGUGUGGGCUCCAUCACACAGCCCCUCCCCAGCAGCUACCUGAUCUUCAGGGCCGCCUCAGAGUCUGACGGCCGCUGCUGGCUGGACGCCCUAGAGCUGGCUCUGCGCUGUUCCAGCCUUCUGCGACUCAGCUCGUGCAAGCAGGGCCGUGACGGGGAGCCCGGGUCCUCGCCGGAUGCGUCGCCCCCCUCGCUCUGCGGGCUGCCCCCCUCGGCCACCAUCCACGACCAAGACCUGUGCCCGCUGAAUGGCUCCUCCCUGGAGAACGACGCUUUCUCAGACAAGUCGGAGAGGGAGAACGCAGAGGAGUCGGACAACGAGGCCCAGGACCACAGCGGAAAGACGAACGAGAGCGGGAGUGUCCAGUCGGAGACCCUGGAGGGCCUGGCGCCCCGGGGGACCACGUACGUGGAGCAGGUCCACGAGGAGUUUGGGGAGCUGGGCCAGGCCUCCCAGGUGGAGACUGUGUCCGAGGAGAACAAAAGUCUGAUGUGGCUUCUGCUGAGGCAGCUGCGGCCGGGCAUGGACCUGUCCCGCGUGGUGCUGCCCACCUUCGUGUUAGAGCCCCGCUCCUUCCUGGACAAGCUCUCGGACUACUACUUCCACGCCGACCUGCUGUCCAGGGCCGCCCUGGAGGAGGACGCCUACAGCCGCAUCAAGCUUGUACUGCGGUGGUACCUGUCAGGCUUCUACAAGAAACCCAAGGGGAUCAAGAAGCCGUACAACCCCGUCCUGGGGGAGACCUUCCGCUGCCGCUGGUUCCACCCCCACACCAGCAGCCACACCUUCUACAUCGCGGAGCAGGUGUCCCACCACCCACCCGUGUCCGCCUUCCACGUCAGUAACAGGAAGGACGGCUUCUGCAUCAGCGGCAACAUCACAGCCAAGUCCCGGUUUUACGGGAACUCCCUGUCGGCUCUGCUGGACGGCAAGGCCACGCUCACGUUCCUGAACCGUGCGGAGGAUUACACCCUCACCAUGCCCUACGCCCACUGCAAAGGAAUCCUGUAUGGCACCAUGACCAUGGAGCUGGGCGGCAGAGUGACCAUCGAGUGUGAGAAGAACAACUUGCAGGCUGAGCUGGAAUUCAAGCUUAAGCCUUUCUUCGGGGGCAGCACCAGCAUCAACCAGAUCUCGGGGAAGAUCACAUCCGGAGAGGAGGUUCUGGCCCAUCUCACCGGACACUGGGACAGAGAAGUGUUUAUCAAGGAGGAGGGCCGAGGAAGCACCGAGCUCUUCUGGAACCCGAGUGGGGAGGUCCGGGGGCGGAGGCUGAAGCGGCACACGGUGCUAUUCGAGGAGCAGACCGAGCUGGAGUCGGAGAGGCUCUGGCAGCACGUCACCAGGGCCAUCGGCGAGGGCGACCAGCACAAGGCCACACGGGAGAAGUUUUCGCUGGAGGAGGCACAGCGGCAGCGGGCUCGCGAGCGCCAGCAGAACCUCACGCCCUGGAAACCGCAGCUGUUCCGCCUGGACCCCGCCACCCAGGAGUGGCGCUACCUGCACGAGGACCGCAGCCCCUGGGAUCCCCUGAAGGACAUCGGCCAGUUUGAGCAAGACGGGGUCUUGCACACCGUGCAGCGGGGGACCACGGCCCACCGGACCGCCUUCCUGGGCAGCCCGGGGCCCAGGCACCAGGGGCCCGGCCCACACCGGCGGCUCCGCAAGGCCAGCGACCAGCCGUCCGGCCACAGCCAGGUCACGGAGAGCAGCUCCACGCCCGAGUCCUGCCCAGAGCUCUCUGACGAAGAGGAGGAGGACGGUGACUUCAUCCCCGGCAGCGAGAGCCCGUGCCCUCGGUGUGGGAAGGAGGCUCGGCGGCUGCAGGCGCUGCACGAGGCCGUGCUGUCCAUCCGGGAGGCCCAGCAGGAGCUGCACAGGCACCUCUCGGCCAUGCUGAGCUCCACGGCGAGGGCCAGGCAGGUGCCGGCCCCAGGCCUCCUACAGAGCCCGCGCUCCUGGUUCCUGCUCUGCGUGUUCAUGGCGUGUCAGCUGCUCAUUAACUACGUCCUCAAAUAGGAGCCCCUUGGGGACAACGUGGGCAUCGCCCGCAGAACUGGGCCGGCCCCAGCCCUCCCUCCCAGGCACCUAGCACUUUAAGCCAGCCCGGGGGAGGCAGACAGACCCACAAGCGCGGCCACUGUGGCCGGACGGGCCCGUGGCGGCAGGAGGACCGCAGGAAGGACCUGGGGGGCCAUCCGGGCUCCUCCAGGGGAGGUGCUGACCUUUCCCGUGGGGCCCUCCACCCAGGGCCGGCCUUAACGCUACCGCCAAAUGCAGCUUUCGUGCCCCCCCCGCCCCCGCUCACCUGGCCUGCCCGUUCCCCGUCCGGCGCCCACUCGCCCCGCGAGAGUGACGGAGGCGGGGGACAGGGCGCCCGCCCAGGCUCUGCACGGUCACUCCCCAGGAGGGGUGAAUGGGAAGUUUGUGUGGAGCCACCCGGGGCCUCCCUCGUCCUGCCGCACAGUCCCUUCCUUCCUGAGCCCCGACCCGCGCUGCCCGAGGCGCACAGAGGGGCCUCCAGUGGACUCCCGGGCAGGCCGGAGCCACUCUGGAGACAGCGUUUGGAUUUCAUUCUGUUUGCUGUUUGGACGGGACCCCACCACACCCGCCAGUGGAACCCCCGCCACCUCCCACAGCCUGGGCGAGCCAAGGGGGGGCGGACACACCUGACCACAGGUGUGCACAGGUGUGCACGUGUGGGCUGUGGUGCACAGGGGCGGCUCCGCUGGCCCCGCAUCCCCCGGGUCGGGGAAGCCCAAGUUCGCCACUUUGCUCAGACUGCUGCACGGUCUUCCUGUUUUACACUUUUUUAAUAAACGCGGUAUUUUAGGCAGGCUGCA